AUGUUCUCCCAUAUUUUUUCUAUAUUGCGUAUGAUCGUUUCAAUGUACAGACGAUCCUUCGUUCUUUCGUUUAAAUUAAUUCCCGAGUGUGAAACGGGCGAUUGGCAAAUCUAUCUAUCUAUCUAUCUAUCUAUCUAUCUAUCUAUCUAUCUAUCUAUCUAUCUAUCUAUCAUUUAUUCGAAAGAAGCCUCGUGGAUUAAUAAACUGCGUAAACGACAUCGGCUCUGGAGCAACCUGCCCGACCUGAGCCUUUUCUCCAACAUCCAAAGCCCCAUGGCCCUCUGGAACCGCCACGUGACCAUGUCGACUAAGACCGAAGAGGAAUCUUUAGAUUCUAGUUCACGUAGUAGCGAGCAUGAAUCGGCCACUGGAAGAAUCAACAAUGCUCUACAGAAGAUCAGAUCAGAGCUGUCUGAAAUCCGAGAUCAAGAUUUAAAACUUCUGAAACAACUGAUUCAAAUCAGUGAGACAAUCAAAAGAUUGAGCGAAGAUCGCUUGAGCAAGCGACGCACGUGGUACGGACAACGCCAGUCAGUGUGCAGCGAAUCAGCCGAACUCUAUUUGGAUAUUGAGCCGCUCACGCCAGAUUUGGACGACUAUCGAGAAGCAAUUCUAGUGCGGCAGUUCAGCGAACCGGUAUCUUUUUCCCGGGAUGACCUGCUGGACAUGAGAACAAAUCUAAGCAUCUUCGAUGGACCCAUUGCCCUGGACAGUAGCGACACGAUGGACCAAAGCUGGCCACCUAAUUUUUCUCGAGUUCAGCUUCGUCAUCGGCCUCACUCUGUGUCGACAGAGUGUCCAUACCAGCGACGACGAGGAGGAAGGAUCCCGGACACCAGUGAACGACUGGAGUUUUUUCCCUGCCAGUGGUCGCAGAAGUUCAAAUAG